AUGACUUCGUCUAAUUCUAGCGAGGACUUAUUCCCCGCCCUGGAGUCGCUCUCCAGGUUAAUCGUGCCCCAUAUCAAGACUGCGAUAUUUGUCGCACUUGUUCUGAACCAAUUUACUAUUUUUCCGGAUUUUAAUGUUAUUCUUUCGCAAAUAUCGAGCCCGUUAAUUCUCAUCGUCGCGCUGUACUUUGGUGGUAUCUGGACACUACCUAAUGGCCAGGAGAGUACCAGUACCCUUUCUUGGAAGUUGUUGCUGGGGCCAUUCUUUGACUUCAAGACAAUCUCUAGUCGGGUUGGGACAUACUUCAAAGUGGGCUCAUUGAUGUCUUUGGCUUACUACCUAACCCUCUAUUACGACCUACCUCUUCCUUUCCAACCAUGGGUUCAAUACAUGUUCGUCGGCAUUGCCACGGCUGUAUUAGCCGCUGCAUACCUAUUUGCUCCCAUAAGCAAGAUUUACGGACCUCUUCGCUUCUGUUACCUUGAACAUGCCCAGACAUACUGGCUGGUGGUGAACUGGUGGUCACUAACAGCCGUGGUCCCCUUCUUCUCCCCCACCUUGCUACCCGUCUUUGGCUUCUGUCUCAUCAGUGUGACAGUUGGUACAUGGGUUCACAUCUACUUUGCAUACCGCGAGAAGGUUCGAACCAUUGCCUGGACUGUCUCCGAGAAUGCAGCCCGAGCAAAGGCAGCAGCUGAAGAGGCCAGAGACUUCGGUGUCAUGGCGAAGAAGUACGAGGAGCAGAUGGUCGACGCUGCAGCUGAGGCGCGACGUGAUGCUGUUAUUGCGAACUCGGUUAGACUGACGGACUUUUUUGACUGCGCAUCUCGUGCUUGGUCUACUCUCGCUGAAGCUACGGCCCCAGCUGAGGAUGCAGUCACUCAAGCUCAAAGGGUCAUCGCCUCCGCUAUCAUCUGCGAAGAAACCGAAAAGGUCGAUGAUAAGCAAAAGGCAGAAAAUGAACGACUAGCCACAUAUUUCAGACAAUCCGCCGAAACAGCUCACGAGCGCGCAAGAGAAACAGUCGCCCUCCUCCGCGCAGCCCAAGCUUCUGUCCGCGGUUCCGAGAACGCAGCGCGACAAGACGAAGUGUCCCGUCGUCAUGCAGAGCACACCGCUGAGAAUGCGUCUAACGUCGCUAAGUCUGUCAGUGACACUGUCGCAUCUAUUCAAGAUGCUGAGCGCAGAGCGGCGUGGGCUGGUGGCGCCGCUGCGAGACGUGCUGAAGAGGCUGUGACUAUGGCGACGAAUGGAGAGAUUGAAGAGGCGAAGAAGGCUGUUGCUGCGUCUGAGUCUGCGUUUCAGGCUGCUGAGGAGUCGGCUAAGAUUGUUCGUGAGGGGAUGGAAGCUGCGCAGAGGGGGUUGCAAGAGUGGUUGCAGAGCAGUCGGCAUGGGGUUUAG